GGGAAGUGUUUCCGACUGGUAGCAUGACCGGAGCAAAUUCGUUUCCACAACGAUCCGAUGAUUCCGAUCGAUCCGAUCGAUCUAGAAUUUUGCGAUUGUCUGAUUGACUUGGAUUUUUUCCUUAUAUAAAUAUAUAAAGAAACACUUUUUUUUUGUGUGUGUGGAUAUAACCUUUCUACUUAUUCAAAAAUUAAGUUUAUACUCAUAAAAAAAUGGUCAAAGCUGUAGUAUUAGGUGCUGCUGGAGGUAUUGGGCAGCCUCUUUCACUUCUUCUUAAAUUGAAUGAAGUUGUCACCGAACUUGCACUUUAUGACAUCGUAAAUAGUCCUGGUGUAGCCGCAGAUUUAAGUCAUAUCAACACUCCAGCCAAAGUUACCGGCUAUUUACCACCACCAAAAGACGGUUCAAAAAAUGCGCCAAAUGACGGUUUAAAAAAUGCGUUGACUAACGCUCAUUUGGUUGUUAUUCCAGCUGGUGUUCCCCGUAAACCCGGUAUGACAAGAGACGACCUUUUUAAGAUAAAUGCAGGCAUUGUUCGUGACCUGGCGACAGGCAUUGCCCAAUAUUCUCCUGAUGCUUAUGUUCUCGUGAUCUCAAAUCCUGUAAAUUCCACCGUACCAAUUAUUGCAGAGGUUUUGAAGAAACAUGGAGUAUUUAAUCCAAAAAGAGUUUUUGGAGUUACAACUCUUGAUAUCGUUCGUGCAUCUACUUUCACUAGUUCAGUCAGUGGAGCAGAUCCACGAAAAGUUCGCGUCCCUGUUGUAGGAGGGCACAGUGGUGUAACUAUCAUUCCUCUCUUGUCACAAAUUUCCCCACCUCAUAGCUAUACUCAAGAUGAAAUUGAGUUACUUACACAACGCAUUCAAUUCGGAGGUGAUGAAGUUGUUAAAGCCAAGGAUGGUGCAGGAUCCGCAACUCUUUCAAUGGCACAGGCUGGUGCUCGAUUUGCAUCCUCAAUUUUGAAUGCAACUGUUAAAGGAGAAUCAGGAAUUAUUGAGCCUUCUUACGUUUGCCUAGAUGCUGAUAGCGUAGGGGGCAAACAAGUUAAAAACGCCGUUAAUGAAUUGGAUUAUUUCUCAUCAAACAUUGAACUGGGAAAAAACGGCGUUGAAAAGAUCCACCCUCUUGGUAAUAUUAGUGAAUAUGAAAAGAAUCUACUUGAAGCGGCUAUUCCAGAGCUCAAAGCAAACAUCAGCAAAGGCAUCUCAUUUGUUGCAGAUGGUUCUAAAUUUUAAUUUGAAUAUCCAAAACGAUACCGAUAAAAUCAUUUCCCAAGUCACCCCAAUUUUGGCAUAAUUGAUUUUUUACGGACUAACGAGUAACGACAAAUUGGGUAAGGAAAAAGUUGUCAAUUAUUUAUUUUUAUUUAAUUUUUAUUUAUUAGCCGUUAAAAUAGGCUUUGCGCACUUAAUAUAUCUGAUAGCUAUAGUUUAGCAAAACAUUUACGUUUUUCUCACAUGUCUUUAAUUUUAAAAUAAUAAAUGUACCCAAUGCAUGAAACGUAUAGAUGAAUUUUUGAAAUAAACUCAAAUAUCGUGAUUAAAUUGGGUUUUAUUGUUAUAAGCAACUUCCACAAAAGAGAUAAAUUGAUAAAAAUAUACGAAAACAUCUCGAAACGUGGAGCUAUUGAAUGUCUAAAAAAAAAAAAAAAAAAAGGUUAUU